AUGACUAAUUGUCUACGAUUAGCAAUCUUAUUCAUUCCUGCAUUUAUUACAUUAGGUUUAUUAGCUGUUGCAUUUGCAACAAAUUGGUGGACAAUUGUACUUGAACAAAACAUUCCAAAAAAUAUAAAUAUAAAAAAUUCUAAUUUACGUUUAUAUCAAACAUUAUUACGUAUUCCACAAUCACGUGGUCUAUUUUCAGAAUGUAUUUCCUAUCGUCUUGUAAAUCUUACAAUUAAUGAUUCGUAUAAUUUUUUACCAGAACCAUCGAAAGAAGAAUUAGCAAUAGCUGAUAGAAAUUGUUCAAUUGAUCAGUUUAUGUGUGCAACAGGUUAUGCUAUUUCGAAUCCACUAACACGUUGUAUUCAAAAUCAACAACAAUGUAAUGGUAUUAUUGAUUGUGUAGAUAAAAGUGAUGAAACAUCCACGGUGUGUAAUGAAAGAUUGCCACUACGAUGUCAAGAUGGUUAUGAAAAAUGUCCCGAUCAAAAAAUGUGUUAUCGAGUUAACGAUCAAACAUGUGACGGUGUUUCAAAUUGUUUGGACGAUUCCGAUGAACAAAAUUGUUCACCACAAAGAUGUGAAGACAACAAACGUGCAUUUUGUAUAAAAGAAAGAAAAUGUGCAAGAAGAGAACAUUCACACAGUUGUGAUGGUAUUUCAGAUUGUGCUGAUAAUUCUGAUGAAGAAAAUUGUCCUUCACAUGAGUGUCGUGGUGAUACAAUCUCAUGUGAUAAUCGAUGUUAUAGAUCGAAAUAUCGUUGUGAUGGUACAGUACAAUGUUCAGAUUUUAGUGAUGAAAAAAAUUGUGUUGAAUAUACAACAAAAAAUUAUUUAAAAGUUUAUACAAUUCGGGAUGAUCGAAAAUGUAUUGAAAAACGUUUUACAUAUUUUGGAGGAUCACCAACAAUCGAUAAUAAUAUUGAUUAUAAUAAUAAUAAUAAUAAUAAUGAAUAUCAACAAAAACGUGUUGAAUAUUUAACAUUAACAUAUUAUCUUCGUAUGGGUAUUUUCUUUGGUAUUAUUGGAGGAUUAUUAUUUACAUUAUUAAGUAUAUUAUCAUUAUUUUUAUUAGCUUGUUGUCGAAAAAAUUGUCAUAAUGUACCAUUUAUUCUUUAUGGUAUAUGGACAUUUUUAGCAUUUCUUUCAAUUAUUGGUUCAUUGGGUAUUUAUGUUUAUUUAUGGUUAUGGGAAAAACAAACAGUUGUUGAUAUUGAAAAAAAUUUACCAUUUGAUGUUAUGAUACAUGAAAAUAAUACAACAAUUCGUAAUAUUGAAUUUUUUGGAUUAUCAUUUUGGUUAGCAUGUGGAGCAAUUUUAAGUACAUUUUUAUCAUUAUUAUGUUCAUAUCGUGUUUGUUGUAAAUUACAAUCAUCAAGAGCAGAGGAUAAAGAAUAUGAAAUAAUGCAAAUGCAAAUGCAAGCAUAUUAA